UACCAAUUUGACCGUCUUUCAUAAUUUCAAGAUCAGAAGUUAUAUAUCUUAAAAUUUUGAGCCCACAGCAGUCGUUGCCGUAUGCCGGCCAUCUGUGACGAGGGGCAGGGUCUUGCCGCCGCCCACCGCUUACAUAAUGUCCAUGUCGCUGGUCCCCAAGAUCCGGAAACUGGUCACCAGCAGGCGGCACUUCCUGCUUUUGCGUCGAUCGCUGAACCAAGAUCUUACAACGGCGCUGAGGCCCUUCUACUUCGCCGUGCACCCGGACUUCUUUGCCCAGCAUCCUGAGCAGAGGAACACCAACGAGAACUCCCUGAAGUUGCUGAGUGAGCAUCUGGAGGCCCUGUACGAACGCAGGCAGCGGAGUGGGGACACCCAGGUGCUUAAGUUCUAUGUGCGCACAAGUGCCGAUGCCGACAAGCGGGACUCCUUCAAGCUUAUCCAGAUACGAACAGACUGGCAGAGCACUAGGGAUCCAAAGACCUUCAUUCAGGGCCUCCUGGAGUCCUGCAACCUGUCCACGGAGUUUGUGAAGAACAUCAAGGCGCAGCCGGAGCCGCCGAAAGGCUACUCCGGGUUGGAUUUUAAACCAGGCCAGGACUACCAAUACGACACGGAGUUUGCCGAAUUCGAAUCUCAGUUGAAGAAUGAACGUGCCUUCAAGCGACCAGUACUGUCCACCUGGCUGGAGGAGAAUGCGGGCACAGCCAAACAGCGCUCUAAGGAAACUGCGGACCUGCAGGCCGAGAUCGACAAGCUCCAAAAAGUGUUAGUCGAGAAGCUCGAGUUACAGGAUGCCCGCUACGAAUGCGGCUGGAACAUAGAACAUUAUCGCGGCUGCCUGAAGACCCUAGAGCGACUGGCCAACACUCAUUUGGUUGAAAUGGCUCCCCUUAAGCGUCGCAUUGUGGUCUUUGCUCCCUUCACGGGCAUCAGUCUGGAAGGACAUGUGAUGCUGUUUACUGGCGAUGUGCUCAACACCUGGAUUGACUUCAUCAAGAACAUUCCGCAUCAUGAUGCUUAUCUUAAGGUGGUCCCAGUUUACGAACAGACACUGUCGCAGGUUCUUCUGGAGAUCCAGAUCGGCCGACGAAAGUUUAUGCCCAAGCAACAGGCCAGGGGCUACGCAAGCUACCUCAUGAAGGUGACCACUUCGCUCAACGACUACCUAGGUAAACAAAAGUACCCGGCGGAAUGGCCGAAAACGCUCAAGGAGUUCACCAUUGUGGUGGAAUCAGAGGCGGGUCCCCUGAUGGUGAGCCCCACGGGCCAGUUCAUCACGCCAGCCACCUGUCCGGGUUCCAUACUCGUAGAUUUCAUCACUGUGAAUAUGGAACUGGCCAGGGAGCGCAUGAAGAAGUACGCCCAGGAUAAACACGUCGAGCAGGAGCUAAUGGACUCGUGCAUAAAGCAGCUGCAGCUGCAAUCCUUGACCAAAGACGACGCCGUCACGCCAGACAAGAUGAUAACAGCACUGAAAGACCUAUCGCAGCUGCAGGUCGGGGACCUGAAGGAGUGCAAGCUGCACAUAACCCACUACUAUUCGGUACUGACCGACGGCGUUGUGUGCAUACCCUGGGAUUUUCAGCAGAGGUAGUUGGAUUUUCUCAUGUGCCUUAUUAGUCAAAAUAAACAUAGUAAUAAUAUAUAGUAA